UCUGCUUUAAUACAGACCAGUCUGCAGCACAGAUGGGUCUCAAGCCACUUACCCUACAUCAGAUAGAUCCCAAAUUAUUUGUGAACAGGAUUAGCUUUAUUGUUUUUUGCCAAUCAAACAACAAACAGUACUGUGGGUUUCAAUCUACUCCUGCCUUUGGGCAAGGACAGGGCAGGAUUGUCUGGCUGUUCCUUUAAGGAUGCUGAAAGCAAGCCAGCUGGAAGUGUUUUUAAAGGAGGUGUCAUCAGAGCAAGCUGGAAUUCCAGAAGAACAGGAAAGGCACAAAAACCAAAUAGAGUCCAGUAGCUGUAAUACACACAGGACAGACAGGAGAAAAGCUGGAAAUACUAAAAGGGAACCUCUCCCUUGGAAGGAAGAAAGGAAGAGCUUCAGCAGACAAGGAAGCAUCAUCCUUCUAAAACUUCCUCCUCAGCUUCCCUGCAGAGGCCAUGGACUGCUGGAAGCAGGAGGCAAGCAACACCUGGACUUUUCCCACCCUGAUCCUCUGCCUCUACGGAUUCUUCUCCAUGCUGAAACCAUCAGAACCUUUCUUAACACCGUAUCUAACAGGACCAGAGAAAAACCUGACCACAGAUGAGGUUACAAACCAGGUUUUCCCAGUUUGGACAUACUCCUAUCUUGCACUCCUUCUCCCAGUCUUCCUCAUUACAGACUAUGUGCGCUACAAGCCUGUCCUCCUCCUCCAAGGCCUCAGCUUCAUCGUCACGUGGCUCUUGCUCCUCUUCGCACAUGGAGUGGUGGCCAUGCAGAUAGUGGAAUUCUUCUACGGGAUGGUGACAGCCACCGAGGUCGCCUAUUACGCCUACAUCUACAGUGUCGUCAGCACUGAUCACUAUCAGAGAGUGACGAGCUAUUGCAGAAGUAUCACUCUGGUUGCAGCCACCACUGGUGCUGUGCUGGGACAGCUGCUGGUUUCCUUAGCAGAUGUAUCCUACUUUCACCUUAACACCAUUACUUUGGCUUCUGUGUCCCUGGCAUUCCUGUGUUCGUUCUUCCUGCCAAUGCCCCAAAAGAGUAUGUUCUUCCACAGGAAAGGGAUCUCAGAAGGUCUCCCAGGAACAGAUAAAACAGUGGCUACCAUCAGCUCCAACAGGCCACUGAGCUGCCAAGAGAACAAGAGCUCUCCAUCUGCUGACAUGGGACCAGCACCUGAACAGGAGCCUGGUAAUGCCAAGCCACAGAAUCACGUGCUUGGGGUUCUGGUGCAGCUGAGCAAGGACUUGAGGCAUUGCUACAGCUCUAGGAAACUUCUCUACUGGUCCCUGUGGUGGGCUCUGGCUACAGCAGGCUUUAACCAGGUCCUGAAUUAUAUCCAAGUGCUGUGGGACUUCAGAGCCCCCUCUCACAGCUCUGCAGUGUACAACGGAGCUGUUGAAGCAAUUGCAACUUUUCUGAGUUCAGUAACAUCUUUCAUAGUACAAUACGUGAAAAUUAACUGGGACCUUUUCGGAGAACUGGCUUUAGGGAUCUUCUCUACAAUAGAUGCUGUUUCUCUGCUUCUCAUGCACUUCACUACCAACAUCUGGGCAUGUUACACUGGCUAUCUCAUUUUCAAAGCAUGCUAUAUGCUCCUCAUAACAAUAUCAACGUUCCAGAUUGCAGUCAACCUGAGCAUGGAACGUUAUGCCUUGGUGUUUGGAUUCAACAACUUCAUUGCACUGGUGAUUCAGACCAUUCUUACAGUAGUUAUUGUGGAUUCAAGAGGCCUGGGACUGGACAUAGUGAUCCAGUUUUUAAUUUAUGGCAGCUACUUUGCAGUCAUAAGUGGAAUUUUCUUGAUAAGAAGCAUUUGCACUCUUGUCUCAAGCAAAUGCUAAAGGAAAAUAACAAGAUCUUACGAAGAGCAACUGUAGCUGGCUAUAUAACAUGGAUGUAUGAGUCAGGCAGACAAUCCCACAUGGCCAGGCCCUAGCAGAAGAGUUUCUACUGCAGCAUGCAGGGAACAGCAGUGCAAGAUGAAGGUACAACACAGCCCUGAAAAGCUAUGCUGAAUCAUUACAGCAUUUCAUUGCAACGUAUGCCAGCUAAGAGAUCAUCAUAAUAGCACUGUGCCAAGAAGAAAAAGAUAAGUUGCUUUAGGUUCUUAUUUACUUACUUACAAAUAGCUUGAUAGAAGUUAUUUACACACAAGAACAGAGCAACCAUCUUGGCACUGCACUGUGCACAAUGGCAGAGAUUAGAGUUAACCCUGCCUUGCUUAUUCUAGAUCUUAUAUAUAGUGUUGGCAGGCUGCUUCCAUGCACCUUUGCUUAUGCACGAAAGAUAAGGGGUCUAUCUCCCCACCAAGGAACCAAGGAAGAAGGGGCUGUGUUUGCAUCAUUAUAUUCCUUCCUAACUAGAGGGAAUUUGGUGACAGACUCCUCCCUUCUAAUUUAACAGCCCAUGUCAGAAGCAGGCAUUUUGCACACAAGGGUUCAGAAAAGCAGGGUUUGCAGAACCUAUCUGAGAAGUUUCACUAAAACACUGCUAAGCCACAGUUGUUGCUCAGCCCUCACUUGAAAGCCAUGACCUAAACACUGCUAUGGACUCACUACAAUCUCAACCCAGAAUGAAAGAACUUCAGAGUCAAAACAAAAUGAAACCCCUCCCUCCUUUCUUUGUGCUUCCAGUAAAAUUAAAUUCAGGACUGAGUGUCUUCCCAUUUCAACAGCAAAAGAAAAAAAACUCAAAAAAGGACUGAGUAGUACAGACUAUAACCAGAGAAAUAGAUUGUGGAGAAAUGUGGCUUAUUCUGCACAGGAAAGUUCCAGAUUAACACAAACAUCAAAAGAAGAUUUAUAACUGCAGCAAAAAGCUAGCAUCAUAUCUGCUUUUGAGUGCCAAAUGAAGGAGGUCCAUUGAUUUUGUCCAAGGAUUUGGCAGGAUCAGCAUCUCAGAAUUUAUCAAGAAGCUUCAAGUCCUACAGCUAAUUUAGUCCAGCACAAAGGACAGUUAGUCCAGGAGAAGAAAAAAGGGGCUAUAAAUGAGUUUGCAUAGUGAAUGCCUAAUUUAAUAUAAAUUAUAUCCAUAUGUUAAAGUUAUUUCUGUAUUGCUAUUUGCUUCUAGCUUCCAAUACCUACUUCUAAUAAAAAUAGAUGCUACUUGGCAUUUA